AUGUUUCGGGAUAUGCAAUCGGAGCAGUUUUGUCGCAAAUAGUUAAUGAUGAAGAGAAGCCAGUUGCAUUCACUUCUCGGACAUUGUCUCCAACCGAGCGUAAAUACUCAACAAGCGAAUGUAAAGCUUUAGCGUGUGUGUAUGCUUCAGAACAUUGGCAUAUUGUACUCUACAGUAGGAAAUACACACUACGCACUGACCAUGAAGCGCUCAAAUCAAUUCUGUCAACAGUAGGCUCCGCUCAUAAACCACUACGUAUCUAUAGAUGGACUGAUCGUCUUUUGCAGUACAACUUUGAUAUCGAGCACAUGCAAGGUAGUAAGAACUUUGUCGCAGAUAUGCUAAGUCAUCUUGUACGCACUACGGACAACACAGAAACUGAAAAUGACAUUCUUGAAAUUAACUUAGAUGGGUUAGUCACAGCUAGCGAACUCCAAAUACAGUCUCGUGAUGAUCCGCUGCUCCAACGAGUUGCCACAUAUGUUCAAAAUGGUUGGCCAAAAAGUGUGCCACCAAAUCUCAAAGUAUUCGCCAACCUCCGCGAUGAGCUUACAGUAUGGAAUGAAUACUCUAUUGCCCGUAGUUCACGUGCAGUUAUUCCUGAAGCCCUGCAGGAACGAGUCCUACAAAUGGCCCAUGACGGACAUCCAGGUAUAGUUCGUAUGAAACAGCGAUGUCGUGAAACAGUAUGGUGGCCAGGUAUGGACUCUCAGAUCGAAGAUUACAUCCGCAAUUGUGAGCCUUGCGCUAUCAGUGGCAAGUCAGCUAGACCAAAACAACCACCACUUCAACCAACGCCAUGGCCGACAGAACCAUGGAACUCUAUACAAAUGGACAUAUUUGGUGAGAUAGCCAUAGCACCACAUAGUCAACGUUUCUUAGUUGUAGUACACGACCUACAUUCCAAAUGGCCUGAAGUGGCAACAACAGGAACGGUCACAUCUACAGCAGUUAUUAAGAUUCUUGAAGAACUUUUCACUCGAUGGGGAUUUCCAGAAGUCAUCACUACUGACAACGGACCUCAGUUUACCUCAGACGAGUUUGAAAAUUAUCUACAAUCACAUGGUAUCAAACAUAAUCUAACAUCAUUAUAUAACCCCCAAAGUAACGGUGGGGUGGAACGAUUCAAUAAAUGCCUGAAAGAGGGUUUGAAAACGAACUUGUCGGAGGGAAAGACAUUCACAGAUUCAGUUCGUACAAUACUACAGAACUAUAGAGCUACACCACAUGCUCUUACUCAAAAGUCACCUUCACAACUUAUGCUCAAUCGUCAAAUGCGUCUACCACUUGAUAAACUAAAACCACCUACUACCAGCGUCGGUAAUGCACAAACAGACAUUCCAGCUAUGAAGUCAGAAAUAGAACAACGUCAAGCCAGAAUCAAGUCUUACACAGAUCAACGACAGCACGCUAGAUCCACCAAUCUGAAUGUAGGAGACUGGGUGAGAGUUAAACGUCCAAAUCGCAGCCAUAAGCUCUCCCCUACAUUUUCUGAGCUGCAUCGCAUUGUUAAGAAGCUUGGUAAGUCUUCGUUUAGACUUGACGACGAUACAGCAUGA